UUGCUGUCUCCCGGACUUCAAUUUGAACCUUCCGAAGACACUUCCAGUCUUCCACGUUCAAAAUGGCUUCUCAAGACCACAAUUUCCAUGAGGUACAUCACCACCACCACCAUGACCAUCACCACCAUAACCCUCCCCAUGAGGAUUCGGAAGCAACAUCCUGGAUAGGCCCAGAUGGGAGGAAGUACCAUAGCCAUGACGGAUUGGCACCUCAUUCCCACGAACCCAUUUACUCGCCUGGCUACUUUAGGCGAAGGGCACGCCCACUUUCUAACAGGGAUUUCAAUGAGAGAGCCUUCACUGUUGGUAUUGGUGGCCCUGUUGGUACUGGGAAAACAGCUUUAAUGCUGGCCCUCUGUAAGUUCUUGAGGGAUAAGUACAGUCUUGCUGCUGUUACUAAUGACAUAUUCACGAAAGAGGAUGGGGAGUUUCUGAUAAAGCAUGGAGCACUUCCUGAAGAUAGGAUUCGUGCGGUAGAAACAGGAGGCUGCCCGCAUGCUGCAAUUCGGGAAGAUAUCAGCAUUAAUCUUGGUCCUCUUGAGGAGCUUUCUAACUUGUUCAAAGCAGACAUUCUUCUUUGUGAAUCUGGUGGAGACAAUCUGGCUGCCAACUUCAGCAGAGAACUGGCUGACUAUAUUAUUUAUAUUAUUGAUGUAUCUGGUGGUGAUAAAAUACCUCGAAAAGGAGGUCCAGGCAUUACACAGGCCGACCUUCUUGUAAUAAACAAAACUGACCUUGCAUCAGCAGUUGGAGCUGAUUUAUCUGUCAUGGAACGUGACGCGCUGCAGAUGCGGGAUGGUGGGCCAUUUGUCUUUGCUCAGGUCAAGCAUGGUGUAGGUGUGGAGGAAAUAGUCAACCGCAUCCUGGGAUCUUGGGAAGCAGCAACAGGAAAGCAGCGUCAUUGAACCAGAUUAUGAAAGUUUGUCUGCCAAUGCUCACUUCCAAGCUGCUUUUAUCCUAUUUCCUAUUGGUGGUGGGAAAUGCAGAGAGUUUUGAAUAGGGGUCUAAACAGGCCAAAUCAAGUCAGAGCUCUAGCAUUUCAGUUUGCUGUUUAUUUUUACCAGUUCAAAAUAGCUUGUUUAGCUCUUGAGCUGAAUUCAUAAGAGUCUUAAUCGAAAUUAAGUUGGGAGUAAUUAAGUUGGGAGUAAUUUGUAAGUUUCAUGUUUCAUAUUAAUCAAGGCAAGCUUGAAACUUCAAUAAACACUUUGUUGUUUUCUAUGUUUGAUUUGAUAACCAAAGCUCAAGUGAGUCCUUACUAAGUCUUGUUUGA